UGUUCUUCAAGCGAGUCGGUGAAAUGUCCAAACGCAAUAGACACAUUUAUUUUGGCAUUUGGGCCAUGAUACUUGUAAUAGUUGGCCUGGAGCCGGGCUUAUCUGACUAUGAUAAAUCUAAAUUGCCGGAUAUGGUGCGAGUCAUGCAAGUGACUGCAACAGUUGCUCUCUUGUUUGGCCUAUUGAAGAAAUCGGCGCUGCACAAGGAGAAGUUUGUGAUGUACUGGAUGGUGAUAAGCGCAAUUUCCGGCAUCGUCCUAAUAAGCACUUGGCUACAAAAGUGGCGUGAAGUUCAUCAUUAUAGUUUCAGUUAUCUACAGAUGCAUUAUAGACUGGUGAUCGUGUCAUUUAGUCUAUUGCUAUAUCUGAUUUAUAGAAUAUACAACGAUUAUUUUGAAAACGAGGAGCAGGAAGAGCCGCAAGCGGAAAAGCUGCCAGCAAAACAAAGCGAACAAGUUGCUUAAAUCAAAGCUGCAGCUGCAACAUUUUUUAUAUAAAAAAUUAAAUUGUUCAAG